AUGCAAGGGGAAGCAAACCACACUGCUUCCCUUAUUGACAGAACCAUCAAGAUGAGAAAAGAAACAGAAGCCAGGAAAGUGGUUUUAGCCUGGGGACUCCUCAAUGUAUCUAUGGCUGGAAUGAUAUAUACGGAAAUGACUGGAAAAUUGAUAAGUUCAUAUUAUAAUGUGACAUACUGGCCCCUCUGGUAUAUUGAGCUUGCCCUUGCAUCUCUCUUCAGCCUGAAUGCCUUAUUUGAUUUUUGGAGAUAUUUUAAAUAUACUGUGGCACCAACAAGCCUGGUUGUUAGCCCCGGACAGCAAACACUUUUAGGGUUGAAAACAGCUGUUGUACAGACGACUCCUCCACAUGAUCUGGCAGCACCCCAUACCCCUCCUUCUCCACCUUCUCCUUCUAUUCAGGGUCAAAGUGUGUUGAGUUAUAGCCCCUCUCGUUCACCCAGUACCAGCCCCAAGUUCACCACCAGCUGUAUGACUGGAUACAGCCCUCAACUGCAAGGUCUGUCAUCAGGUAGCAGUAGUUCAUACAGCCCUGGAGUGACCUACUCACCUAUUGGUGGUUAUAAUAAGUUGGCAAGCUACAGUCCCUCUCCUUGUUCUUCUCCAUACCCUGCCACUGUUGGACCAGUGGAGAGCAGCGGGUUGAGAUCUCGCUACCGUUCUUCACCCACCGUCUAUAACUCACCUACGGACAAAAAAGACUACAUGACAGACCUCCAAACACUGGACACUUUCCUGAGAAAUGAAGAAGAGAAGCAGCAUAGAGUUAAGCUGGGGAGCCCGGAUUCUACUUCUCCAUCUACCAGCCCUACUUUCUGGACCUACAGCCGUUCUGUGGGGGAUUAUGCACAAACUUUAAAGAAAUUUCAGUAUCAGCUUGCAUGUAGGUCCCAGGCCCCAUGUGCUAACAAAGAUGAGGCGGAUCUCAGUUCUAAACAAGCUGCAGAAGAGGUUUGGGCAAGAGUGGCUAUGAAUAGACAACUUCUUGAACAUACGGAUUCAUGGACAGCUAAGUUCAGAAAUUGGAUCAAUGAGACCAUAUUAGUGCCACUUGUGCAAGAGAUCGAGUCUGUGAGCACCCAGAUGAGACGGAUGGGUUGUCCGGAGCUGCAGAUAGGAGAGGCCAGUAUUACUAGCUUGAAGCAAGCUGCUCUGGUCAAAGCCCCUCUCAUUCCAACGCUGAAUACAAUUGUGCAGUACCUAGAUCUGACACCCAAUCAGGAAUACUUGUGUGAAAGGAUCAAAGAGCUCUCUCAGGGAGGCUGUAUGAGCUCCUUUAGAUGGAACAGAGGUGGAGACUUCAAAGGACGCAAGUGGGAUACAGACCUGCCCACAGACUCUGCAAUCAUCAUGCAUGUAUUCUGCACCUACCUUGAUUCCAGAUUACCACCACAUCCGAAGUACCCUGAUGGAAAAACGUUCACUUCUCAGCACUUUGUUCAGACACCAAAUAAACCAGAUGUUACAAAUGAGAAUGUAUUUUGCAUUUACCAGAGUGCUGUGAAUCCUCCCCACUAUGAGCUAAUCUACCAGCGUCAUGUCUACAGUCUGCCGAAGGGCAGAAAUAAUAUGUUUCAUACAUUGUUAAUGUUCCUCUACAUCAUAAAGACCAAAGAGUCAGGAAUGCUUGGGAGAGUUAAUCUUGGACUAUCCGGUGUGAAUAUUUUGUGGAUUUUUGGCGAGUAG